GUAUAUAUAUACCUCACUCGACACUCGUCAAUCAAUAUUCAAUAACCGCCCACUUUUCCCACAUUCCUCGUUGCGCCCUUUUCUCUCCCUCGUCUUCCGUACUUUCUUCUUUCUCUUUUCCUCCCUUACCUGCAACUCCUUCUCAGAGACGUUUCCUUCACCACUCACCUCCUACUCUCCCUUCUACAACGAUUAAUCGCAAUGUCGCGUCGCGGUGGUGGCCGGCGUCCGGAUCCCGGCCGUGAUCAGCAGCCGCCGUCCCCUGCGGUCGGUGGUGGCCGUGGUCGCGGUGGAGGUCGAGGUCGAGGAAGAGCGCCGCCGGCGCAAGUUCCUGGCUCGAUCGGUGCUCAGGCACCUUCCCCUGCCCCUGCUUUCCCUCCCCUGACGAAUCCGUCUUCUUCCCGCCCUGUUCCACCGCCUGCCAGCGCGCAGCCGUCUGCUCGACCGCUGGGAGUUCCAGCUGCCGCUGCCGCGGCGGCGGGGGCGUCGAGCUCGUCUUCGGUACAGAAAUUGGCUGGGGAAGUUCAGGGUAAGCUUCUCGUCUCUGAACCGACGGCGUCUAGGGCCGCGGCGCCGGUGUCGUCGAAAGCAAUUGCUCUGCCGAGGAGGCCCGGGUACGGGACUGUAGGGAGGAAGUGCAUGGUUCGUGCGAAUCAUUUUCUGGUUAAGGUGCAGGACAUCGAAAUCCGCCAUUACGACGUUACCAUUACUCCGGCGGUUACUUCAAAGGUUACUUCAAAGAAGGUCAACCGGGAUGUCAUUGCUACAUUGGAGAAGCUGUACCGUCAAUCUCAUUUGGGGAACAGAAUGGUGGCCUAUGAUGGUAUGAAAAGUCUGUUCACUGCUGGGGCUCUGCCAUUUGAGACGAAAGAGUUCGAGGUGAAGUUGGAGUCUGAUAACCAACCUGGUCCGAGUGGUGCCCCUAGGAAGGAAAGACUGUUUAAGGUGGCAAUCAAGCUUGCAUCCCGACCUGAUAUUGGCCAUCUGCUACGGUUCCUAGAUGGGACGCAACGGGAUAUGCCACAAGAUACCUUUCAAGCUCUGGAUGUGGUUUUGAGACACAAUCCUUCUGCACAUUAUACUGUGGUUGGGAGGUCAUUCUGCUCCAUUUCACUUGGGCCAAAAGGCACCCUAGGCGAUGGUGUGGAGUAUUGGAGAGGAUUUUACCAAAGUCUAAGGCCAACCCAGAUGGGACUAUCUCUUAAUAUUGAUGUUUCUGCUAGAUCUUUCUAUGAGCCAGUUCCUGUUAUGGAUUUCAUCUCCAAGAACUUCCGAAUUCAGAAUCUAUCCAGACCUCUAUCUGAUCAAGAUUGUAUUAAGCUCAAAAAGGCCAUGAGAGGUGUUAAAGUACGAAUGGACAAUGGGCAGUUUGCAAGAAUCCACAAGAUCACUGGCAUCUCUAGUAAGCCAGCCAACCAGACAAUGUUUCUGCUUGAGGAACAGAACACUACAAUCUCGGUAGCACAAUAUUUCCUCCAAAAAUACAAAAUUCGUCUCAAUUAUCCUUCUUUGCCUGCUCUUCAAGCUGGAAAUGCACCGAAGCUUUACUAUCUCCCAAUAGAGCUGUGUACGAUUGUUGAAGGUCAGAGGUAUACGAAGAAGCUCAAUGAUCGACAAAUUACUGCUUUGUUGAGAGCGACAUGUCAACGUCCACAGGAGAGGGAAAGGAAUAUCGUGAAGGUUGUUGCCGAGAAGAGCUUCAAGGAUAGUGACAUUGUACAGCAGUUUGGCAUUCAAGUUAAGCCACAGCCUGCGCUAAUUGAGGCUAGGGUCCUUAAUCCUCCCAUGCUUAAGUAUGAUGGUUCAGGGAGAGAGGCAAAUGUUAGUCCCCAGAUGGGGCAAUGGAACAUGAUUAACAAGAAAAUGGUCAACGGUGGAAGAGUAGACUACUGGACUUGUUUGAACUUCUCUUCUUUGAACAACGAUUUCCCAAUUGACUUUUGUGGAGAAUUGAUUGACAUGUGCAACAGCAAGGGGAUGCUUUUUAACAAAAACCCUCUAGUUCCGAUUCGUUCAGAAAGGCCUCAACAUAUUGAGAAGGCUCUUACAGAUGUUCACUACCAGGCUACUCAGCAGGGCAGAGAACUUCAGCUGUUGAUUAUUAUUCUGCCUGAUUUCUCCGGCUCAUAUGGUACAAUCAAAAGAAUCUGUGAAACAGAGUUGGGGAUUGUGACCCAGUGUUGCCAGCCCAAACAAGCCUCAAAAUUUUCCAAGCAAUAUAUGGAGAACUUGUCACUGAAGAUCAAUGUUAAGGUUGGUGGGCGAAAUACUGUGCUGAAUGAUGCCGUCCAAAGGAGGAUUCCGCUUCUCACUGAUCGGCCGACCAUUGUUUUUGGUGCGGAUGUUACACAUGCACAGCCUGGAGAGGAUUCAACUCCAUCUAUUGCUGCAGUUGUAGCUUCCAUGGACUGGCCAGAGGUUACCAAGUACAGGGGAAUUGUUUCUGCUCAAGCUAGUAGGGAGGAAAUCAUCCUGGACCUCUACAAUGAAGAUCCAGCCAGGGGUGGGGCUCCUGGUGGAAUGAUCAGAGACCUUCUUUUGGCUUUCUACAGAUCAAAUCGGAUCAAGCCUCAUAGGAUCUUAUUCUACAGAGAUGGUGUUAGUGAAGGACAAUUCUUCCAAGUUUUGCUACAUGAGGUGGAUGCCAUACGAAAGGCUUGUUUGUCAUUGGAGCAAGGCUAUCUUCCUCGGAUCACCUUUGUUGUGGUCCAGAAGAGGCACCACACUCGCCUCUUUCCCGAGGAUCAUCAAAAUCGCGGCACGACAGACAGGAGCGGCAACAUCCUCCCAGGCACUGUGGUUGACACCAGUAUUUGUCACCCGACAGAGUUUGACUUUUACCUCAACAGCCAUGCUGGAAUUCAGGGAACCAGUAAGCCUUCUCACUACCACGUUCUCCUUGAUGAGAAUGGAUUCUCGGCUGAUGGACUCCAAGUGCUGACUAACAACUUAUGCUACACCUAUGCUAGAUGCACUCGUUCUGUAUCUAUCGUACCACCGGCCUACUACGCUCAUCUGGCAGCAUUCCGUGCUCGUUACUACAUAGAGGGGACCGCAUCGGAUGGCAGUUCAUCGGGCGAAAGGGGUACAACAACGGGAAUGGCCAGGGAAGUCCAGCCGCUGCCAGAGAUCAAGGAUAAUGUGAAGAACGUCAUGUUCUACUGCUAGUCCAUUUUUGGAGGGUGGGUUUUAGGUGCCUUGGGGAGCUCGUAAUUACACUGUAAAUGCUCUCUGAUUUUGUCUAGUUUUUUGUGAGUAUGAUAGGCUGAUCUGAAUUCUGAACAGUUAAAAGACUUCAUAGCUCUCUACUGGGUACAUUUUGUUAGAAGGGGGAACAGUGGAAGCUCCUAACAGUUCCUCGACAGAUAUACAUAGGAAGGAUCGUUUCAUGUAUAAUGUACUAUAAUUUAUGUAGGGGCGGUAAAAGGUUAAUAAAAUUUUACUUAAUAA